AUGGGAUCGUGCCAGAGUCAGGAGAAUCAAGAAUUGGCAGCGAGGAAUAAGGCGAUCGAGAAGCAGAUUAAUCAGGACAAAAGAGCCGGAUCGAGCAUAGUGAAGCUUUUAUUACUUGGUGCCGGUGAAUGUGGAAAAUCUACUGUGCUCAAACAAAUGCAAAUUCUACACAGUAAUGGAUUCACUGAAGAGGAAAUUAAUGAGAAGAAAGCAAUCGUCUACAAUAAUCUUGUCACUUCAAUGUGUACAAUUUUAAAGGCAAUGGACAACGUUUUGCACAUACCUUUGGAAGACAGCCAAAAAGAGAAAGAAAAAGCUGUUGUGCUCCGAAUACAAGAGAUGGGUGAAGAGUCCGAACCGCUGACCGAGGAAGUAUCGAAGGCGAUUCAAUCGCUCUGGUCCGAUCCGGGAGUGAAGAAAGCGUUCGAAAUGCGUAGCGAGUACCAGUUAACCGAUUCAGCUAAAUAUUUCCUCGACUCAUGUGCUAGAGUAAGCGAACCCGGUUAUAGACCAUCAGAACAGGACAUUUUAUACUCUCGAGUCGCAACAACAGGAGUGGUGGAAGUGAAAUUUAAAAUAAAGGAGCUAGAUUUCAGAGUGUUCGAUGUAGGUGGGCAACGUUCCGAAAGACGCAAAUGGAUUCAUUGUUUUGAUAACGUAGAGUCUAUAAUUUUUAUUACCGCUAUCAGUGAAUAUGAUCAAGUGUUAUUCGAAGAUGAGACCACGAAUCGUAUGAUAGAAUCUAUGCAGUUAUUCAACUCAAUUUGCAACAGCACAUGGUUUUUAUCUACGGCAAUGAUUUUAUUUUUGAAUAAAAAAGAUCUUUUUAUGGAGAAAAUUAAACGUGUCAAUAUAACAACGGCAUUCCCCGAUUAUGAAGGUGGGCAAAACUACGAAGAAGCGGUGGCUUUCAUAAAACUAAAAUUCGCGGAACUAAAUCUAAAUCCAGAUAAGAAGACGAUCUAUAUGCAUGAGACGUGUGCUACCGAUACAAAUCAGGUACAACUUGUCAUAUCAAGCGUGAUUGACACAAUCAUCCAAAAGAAUCUGCAAAAAGCCGGGAUGAUGUAA